CACAUAACAGAUACAAAAACUGGUUUUUGAUUUUUGUUUUAGUUUUCAACCAUUAUUUAUUUUUGUUUUUUAUUUUUUUUGUAUUUUUAAAAUUUUGUUUCGUUGCUAACACCAAUACAGUACUACUAUUAUAAGAUAUACAGAUUGUCAUUACGUCUAGUUCUGUAGUGUCCUCUUAGCGUUUUGGUUUAUUCGUUAGUUUUUUUUUCUCAUUGUAUUACGUCUGUUUGCCACCCGUCGACCCGCUAAACGCAACAAUACAAUAAUGUACCAACAACUACCCAUUCAUCGACAGUUAAACAGUUAAAAUUCGUGAGUAACUGCCAGCAAACAAAUUAAAUUAUUAUUAUUUUCUUUUGGGUGGUCUAAAUUUACAUUAUAAUAUUAUACAUUAAAUUUUUUCUAAAUUUUGUCUAAACUUAAUUAUAUUAUAUUAUUAUUAUUAUUAUUUUUCAAUAAAUAAUUAGGUAUUCGAUUUUAAGAUUAAUAAAUUAUCAUGAUUUUUUUUACAUCUAUUUUGUUAUAUUUAUCUAGAUACAAAAUGAUGUCCAGCAAAGAUGAUUUAGAUGACUGUGACAUCAUCAAACAAGGUUUGAUGGUGAAACGGUCGCAAAAUAAAAAACGUUUUAUGCCCAUCAAUUACAAACAGAGAUGGUUUGUUUUAACGACUAAGAACUUCAUUUAUUACGAGUCUGAAACAGAAGUAAGUUCAUAAUAAUUUAUCCGAUUUGACACCAAUAUUGGGAUUUGGAUUCAUGUGAUGUUGCAUAUUUGCAUUUCGCAUUAUAUACAUUUUUUUCCACAUAUACUGCAUGAACACCAAUAUAUCAUUAACAUGGUUGCUAAACCCUACACUUUUUGCAACAAAUUAUAUUUAUAUUUUUUAUUAUUUCUUAUUUGGUAUCUAUUUAAAGUAUAUAAAAUGUACAUUAUAUUGUUAUAUAUUUUUAUAUCGAUUUAAAUAUAAUAUAUUUUUUUUUAAAACAUACAUUUAUUAUUCAAUGACCAUUUCAAAUUAUUAUUACCUUGGUUUCAAUAGGUUUGUUUUUUGUGUUCGGUGUUCCGGAACCAUGUUUAUAAAUACUUAUUAUUUAUCAAGCUAACUAUAUAUUUCUAAUUAGUAAUAUAGGUACAUUUUAUGGCUUAGAAAUGAAAUGGGCUAAAAAUCAAACUACUCAAAUAUUUUUUGUAUGUAGCUAGGUUUAAUAUAAUUUUGCUAGAUUUGGAAUAUUAUUUUUACAAUAAUUAUAGGUAUUUCUUAAAUUUUAAAUUUUAUUUAUUUAAACUAAAUUAAUUAUUUCUGUGUUAUCUGUAUUGAAUAUAUUUAUUUAAAUUUGCAUGUUAUUAUAAAAAAAUAAGUACUAAAUCAAAAUUAAAUCAUUAUCUUUUAAUAUUUAUAGUGUUUAUUUAUCUUUUAAAGGAAUAUUUGAUUUUAAAAAUUAAAUAUACUUACCCUAUUAAUUAUUAAUUUCUGGCUGUUUUGUUUGGUUAUGAAUUAUAAUAAUUAUCUGUAUAAAUUUGAGAAAAUGUAUUAAUUGGAAUUAUUUCAUUAUAGUUAUUAUUUAAUUGAGUAUUUGUUAAUUAUUUAUUUCAGCCUAUUUCAGUUCUAAGUCUGAUUAUUUCUUUAUAAAUUACACAAAUAGGAAUAUUUAAAUAACUUAUAUUAUUUGUUCUCCAUUCCAUAGGAAAUUAUUGAAAGAAGCUCACUGCCGUGUCUCCAUAACAUACAUCAACUGCUUAACAGGGUACAUAUGCUUUUAUUUGUUACUAACAUUAGGACCAUAAUACUAAAAUCAUUAAUUUAAAGACAAUGAACCACCUAAGUAUUAUACAUGGAGUAAUUGAAAAGUAAAGAUUUUAUAAUAAGUUGAAAAAUAAAUAUAUUUUUUUUUCAAUUAAAUACCUAUGAGGUAACAGUUUAAAUUACAUUAAAUGUGUAUUAAGAUAAUUUAUACAAAUUAAUAUUAACUACAAUAUAGUUUACUUUUGUAGUUUUAUUACUAUCCUCAAAACUUUUAAAUAGGUGUACAUGUUUAUGAAAAUAUAAAAAUUCUUUAAAAGAACAAAAAAAAAAUUGAUGUACACAGUAGUAUAACCAUAAUUUAUACAAAUAUUUUAUCUCAAUUAGAUUAUAUUAUAAUACCUAAUUUAAUUAUUGCUAUUUUUAAUAUGCUGUAUGUUAUGUAUAUUUCGGGAAAUGUUAAUAUAUUUAAGUUUAAUAUAAAAUUUGCAUGCUAUUUUAUAUAGUUGGUUAGUAUCCAGUUAUGCAAAUGUAUGCACAAAUUGCAUGUAUAUUGUAUGUUAACUAAAUAAUUGUGUACAUUAAAUUUUAAAUUAAAUUAAAAAUAAUAGAAAAAAAAAGACAUUUGUAUUGUACUACAAAAGAUUGGUAGUCUGUGUCUAUGCUAUAGAUAAAUAAUAAAUAUAAUGAAUUAGUAGGUGAUUGAAAUUAAUUAGUUGAAUAAUUAGUAGUAAUAAAGAUAUUUUUAAUUAAAGAAAUAUACCAUGUCUACUAUGUAAGUAAUGAUUUUGAUUUAUGACAUAAUUAUUGACACUGGAGAUCAAAUAUUCAAUUUUUUCAUUAAAUUUGAGUACUUAAAAUUUCAUUAAAGAUGGUUUAUUGAUAUAACUUUUAAGAAACAAUAGUUUUUUGAAAGUAUUAUUUUUUAAAUUUAUAUUGAAAAAUAUUAAUAAUAUAAAACUCAGAUUAAGGAAAGUUAGUGAAAAGCAAAUGUUUUCAUGCCCACAAAGUUUAAUGACACAUUGGUUUUUGUGUAUUUAUUUUUAUAUUUGAGUUUCCAAUGGAUGGUUAAUGAAUGUAUAGUAUAGGUUUAAUUUUUUUUUAGGUAGUUUUUCUGUAAUGGUUAAUGACAUAGUUUUUGAGAAAAACUGUAAAGUCAUUUGUUAUAAUUAUUAUACUCACUACUUCUAUUUAUGAAGCUAUAAAAUGUUGUAUUACAGUACUGAAAUAUUAAUGAUAAUCUACAUACUUAUUUUAACUUUUAUCAAUUAAUUUGUAUACCUUAUGAGGAACAUUUUUUAUGAAAACAUUAAAAAUGUUGACCCCUAUGCAGCCUUAUCUGGAUGUGGAAAUAGUAUUUUUGUCAAACUAUUAAACAUAUUUCCAGAGCCAUAAUAAAGCGGGAGGGGGGGAUGAGUGAUUCCUAUGCUCUGAGAGCAAUACUCAGGAGGUCACAAAAAUGCCAUAAAAACUUAUAAAUAUUAUGUUAAAAGGAAAUGAGCAAAUAAAACAUUUGAAUUUAGAACAUUCAACAGUGAGAAUAAGAGAUAAUUAAAAGACUCAUUUGAUUGUAGUUUUUAAACAUCUUUCAGUUUUGAUUUUUUGUUAUAAAUUAGAAUUAAUAAGAGUUAAUAUUUUGAAGGUUUAUACUGGGAGUAAUAUUUGGUUACUACAUUUCUAUAUAUUUUAAAACUGAAGAAUAAUAAGAUGUAAUAAAAUUAAAGACUAGAUAAUAAUAAACCAUUGUGCAGUGUUUCCCAAUGGGGGGGGGGGUAGUGGAAAUUCCUUCCUGGGGAAGAAUUUAGGUACUAUGUGAUGGGGAAUAUAGUGAUGAUGAAAUUGUAAGAAUAAAAUAUAAAAUUUACCAUAUUUAAAAUUAAAAACAGUUAUGCCAUAUUUUUAAUUAAUAAGGGGAGGUAUGCCAUUUUUGGUAAUCUACAAGGGAGGACAUAGACUAAAACAGUUGGAUAACACUGCUCUAGUGUAAAGAGUUAGUAUUUAUGCAUAUGGAGUGCUCAUAAUAUAUGGACCCUUUUAUUUUAAUUUGACAAUAUUUUUUACUUGUUUAUUGCUUAGUUACUAUGCCUUAUAUACCUUGGUAAUGUGAGAUAUUUUAAAUUGUGGUAAAAUAUUAUGGUCUCUGACUUACCGAUGGGAUCCUAUAUUUAUCUAUUGAACAUUAAGCAAAUAUUAUUAAUUUGUAUUAAAAUUCUCUGUAAAUGCAGUUUACUUUAUCCAAUUUCUUUUUAUGUUUAUUAUUCCAUAACUUAAAUUUGCAUUAUCUAUUAUAGAAGUAUAUACUUAUAAUUGUUUUAUCAAGAAUCACAUAUUAUUCUUAUUUGCACAAAUAAUCAAUUUUCCUUGAAUAUAAAAAUGUAGUCUACUUGUAGUAUAUUAAAUUACAAUUUAAUAUUUUGAUAUACAGUUUAAAUAUUUAAUAUCUUACUUAUGGACAGCUCAAUCAAAUUUGAUGGUAUUUUUGCGCAGCUAGGUUAUAGGAUAUUUAUAAUAUUUGAAAUCUUUACCCAUCACUUUUAAACUUAGCCUAAAAAUCUUCUCAUCCGUUUAGAAAAUUAUUGUUAUUCUCAGCUGUUAUUUGAUUACAUUGCUCGUAAAUAAUAAUAAUAUUUUGUCUAAUUAUUAUGUAGGAAUGUUUUUUUUUCUACAAUGAUCCAACCAUUCAAUUCAUUUUUGUCAAUGUCUUCAUACUUAAAGUUUUUUAACAAAAUCAAAAUUUUUCAAAACAAAACAAUUUAAAGUCUUUUAAAGUAAUCUGAUAUUAUGACCACUCUGUGAAAUUCUUAAGGGAAUCUCUCUUCAAUUAUAAAUUCAGUAAAAUUUGAAUGGCAUGAUCCCAAGCCAGGUUAUAGGAUUAUCAACUAUAAUAUUAUGUUUAAUUAUAUUAUGUUUAUAAUUUAAUAUUUUCUUCAAGUUUGGAGGAGGGAAAAUUUACAUUAUUAUUAUUUUAUUUUUUUUUUACUAAUAAUUUAUAAGGCAAUUAUUUAAUUGCGCUUAUGUAAUUAAAUUUUGUUACACUGGCGUUUUGCAAAUAUAGCAAUUGCUUGUUUGUUACCACUGCUGCUUUAAAAAUACUUGUCCAAGCAUACAAUAUUUUCGUUUAAGUAAGCCAGUAGAUUAUUAUUAACCAUCAUUCGAAUAAAAGUAAUAAUAUGUUUAAGUCAAAAGCACGUUAGGUAAACUAUGAAAUUCCAACUCUAAUAAUAUUGUUAUACAUGCACACGCGCCAAUUAAUCCGAGGCUAGAGCGAUGUGAUGGGCUCGUCGUUCCGCCUCUCGGUCUUGCUGUCGUCGCGCUCUGCUCUGUAAAUUGAAAAUACCCCGAUUAUUAUGAAAAAUCAUUUUAUGUAAUAAAAUAAUAUUAUACCGACGUGGUCGGAUGUAAUUAGUAUAUUAAAGCAUUUAUUAUAUUAUAUAAUCAACGUUAUAAAAAAUAAAAGGACUUUUUAGUUUUAUUUAUUAUAUUAUUACACAUUAUAUUCACAGUACUAACGAACCUAUUUCUAGACUUUUUUAUUUUAAUCCAAAUUUCAGUAAAUUCCCUUAUGUUAAGACAUCAUUUGUCUGAAAAUGAUGUUUCUCUAUGAUUUAUUCAAUAAUAAUAUUUUAUGUCCUUACGCCCUAGCUUUUAUCUAAAAUAAACUUUAGAAUUCCAUCCCUUUACUAAUCGUGAUGUUUUUAUUAUUUCAUAUUACAAGUCUAAAGUUGGUAGCGACUCUUUCUUAGUUAGAGUGUUGAAAAUUGUAAAUAUAAUCUCCACCGUCUUGGAUAUUUUUAAUACAUCUAGUAAUACUUUUAGAUUCAAAUGAGCCACAUUGUUAAAAGAUUAUUCUAAUUCGGGAAAACCCUAAUAAGUAAUUUUAUCUUCAUAAAAAUCGUAUAUAUUAUAUGUAUAUUGAAUUAUUUUAGUUGUUAUUUUAUGCCAUAUUUAUUAUUAUUUCACUAGUCAUACAUAUUUUUUUUUUUUUUUUUAUGUAUGACUGCUAGUCUCGUUUAGUUGAAAAUAAAUAAAUAUAUAUUGUUUUGUAAAAAAAAAAUAAUAUAUAUUAAUAAUAAUUAUAUAUUAGAUUCAAUAUUUAUUUUGUAUUAUUCCCAUGGUCAAAUAAAACGAAAUAAAUUUACUUAGUUGGUCAUUUAUGUAAAAAUAUUAAAGAUCACGACACUUGAUGUAAUACAGGGGGAUGACAUUUAAGUUUCUUAUAAAAGAGUGCAACAAUUUGAUGAGGCCAUAUCCUCCAUCUCCUCCUGCCAUGUGCCAGACUAAUUAUUGAUUACACAAUUUGUUGAAGUAUAUUAUUGUUCUAUUAUAUUUCAUUAAAACAAAUAAUGCGAUUCUGAAGUAGAGUUUAUGUAGUUAGUUUAGAUUAGGAUUUAUUUCCGCGUUACUGAGAAAACCCAAAAAUCAACAAGUGCGAGCAUAGAAAUUAUAAUUUUAAACUGUCCGCUUAGGUUUAAACAUUUUAGAUCUUUUAACUUUCAGGAAUUUUCAUUAAUACAAUUUUCAUAGAAAAUAGCCCCCAAAGACAAACUCGUAUGUUUUAAAAUGUGAUAUAAAAGAUUCAGAGCAUACAAAUCUGUAUAGUAAAACUUAAAGGUUUUCCAUUGUACAUUGGUUUUAUUAAAACGAUAUAUUAUACUAACCUACCCGAAUAACGAUUUGUUCAAAAUUUAUAACAAAGAGUAUGUAUAUAUAGGUAUAUUAUUGAAUGAAUAUUAAUAAAUAGGUAUACAAGGAAGUUCGGAUGUGGAGCGUUUAAUAGAGUGGAGUUAGAUCGAUUUAAUGGUUUCCGACAAAUAUUCAUUUCAACGUAGAUGUAAAAUCGGCACUGGUAACUUUUAAUAAACCGGUAUUUUUACACCGUAUACACAGUAUGUAUACGGGAUUUGAAAAAUAACGGAACUGCGUGCACCAAAACCGGUAGUGUCUCGACAAAGCUAACGUUGACCCGAAAUUAAAAAAUAAAAAACAUUUUCGCUAAAUAUUUCUAUUUAUAGUAGGUAGGUAUACCUUUUUUAUUUUGUGGAUUUUAUAGUAGAAAUUACAGUUUUUAAAAUCAACUACGCAGUGUUAAUCGAAUAUUUUUAAAAAACAACAAAUAUUGUGUCAUUUUAUACUCGUGUAUAUUAUCGUAGUAGAUAUAAUUGUUUAAGUGCAAGUUGAUAAUUAUAUAUUCAAAAAGAUUAUUUUUUUUAUAUAUAUUCUUUUAUAACCAGAGAUAUAGGUGUUCGUAGACUUCAUCCACAAGUUAUGUAGUCCGAAAAAAAAUAGAAUUCUGUAAUACAGUUGGGACCCCUUCCAAAACUAUAAUUAAAAAAAAUCGUAAUAAGUUUAAUCACAGAAGAUCAUAAUGUAAUUGAAUAAUGUGCUGUCUCCGUCUUACAAGCGUACGGCAUAGCGAAUUUGCGUUCAGCAGAGACGACUUUGACUUUGUGUUGUUAGUUUUAAUAUUAAAGUGAAUUUACCUAAUAUUAAACUUAAUAAUAAGAUCAUUACGCGUCCCAAUUUAAAGUACUAAAAAGAUAGGUAAAAAGUGGAGAGAAAAUAAAUCUACAGGUAUACAAAGAUACAGAGGGUAUAUUUCAUUUGGAACCAUACAGUUUUUCGUAUUAGGAUAUGAAUUUAUAAAAAAAUUUAAAAAUGAGUCUCUUUUUGGUAUGAUAAACAUAUUGUGGGCCCCUACAUGAAGCUGUUGACUAUUAUGCUGUGGCAUACUCUGCAUAUCAUGUAAACACGCUUAUAUGACCAUAUAGGUAUACAAUGUAAUACAAAACAUUAAUUUAUUAAACAUAGGCAUAUAUCGCCCCUGUCGUGUAAAAAGUAAAACAAAAAAAAACUAUAUUUCAUGUACGAAAAAAGUGUCAAUAAGUGAUUAUAGUGAUACCAUAAAUAGUUUAUGAACCACCCAACUUAUAAUAAUUUAUUAAAAUUAAAAUUGAAUAAAAAGUAAAUCUACAUUUUAAAUUAAAAAAAAAUCAUUUUUAAUUUUUAAAUCAUCUAGAUAGGUAGUCACUUUUUGCAUGACUGAGAAAAUUUAUUUUUAUCUUUAUGAUUAUAAUUUUAUAGCGUAAAAAAGAACGAGGUCGUAUAAAAUUGUCGUCGAUCACCGUUAUCGAAAUGGCGACGCUAACUUUUUCACCGAACAUUUUAUCUCAAGACAUUGUCAAUACCGACGGCGAAAACGGAUACGCGUUUCAAAUAUGUUAUAGUGACGGAAACGAACAACAAUAUACCCUGUACCUGAUCACUCAAAAACUCCAAGACCGUUCCGACUGGAUAAGAUCUCUGAGAGCUGGUAUUUAUAUAAACUAAUAUCACCUUAAAUUGUAUGGGGGUUGGUAUCGGUUUCCAAAAUAUUGUAAAAUAUGAAAUUUUUGUUUACAUUUUAAUGACUACCUUAAUGAUAACAAUUUCAUACUAAUAUCUAUUAAUAUGUACGCCCGUUUUUACGGACGAAAUAAUAUGAAUUUUUUUAGAUGGAAAAGCCAGAUGAAAUAUAAGGAUUGGGUUUGACAUAUUUUAAUUUUGAAGUCAGAUUUCGAUUGAUUUAUUAGUUUACUUGAUCAUGACAGUGGUGAUUUUAAAUAUCUAUAUUUUUUAGCUUUUAUUUUGACGAACAAAAAUAUGGUAUUGUUUUAUUCAUUUUCAUCAUGUAAUAUAUAUAAUUUUCGGUAUAUUUAAAAUCGCUUUCGUAAAAAUUUGUAACUUGUCAUUAGAUCCAAAUCCGUUUUCAAAAUUAAUAUCCGUCAAAUCCAAACCCUACAGUUAUAAUCUACAGUUUUUCGGUCUAAAAACCACUUUUUUUUCAAUUUAUUAAUGAAAUUAUAAUAUAUUUACCUCAGUUUAUAGUUCUCGAACACCUUUCAUUAUAUUAUUAUUAUGUUUUUAAAGUGUGCCUCGAUAAUUUGGAAAAAAAUGAAAGAUAUCACAUAUCAAUUUGGGGCGGCAAAAAGUGGCAAUGUUGUCGAGCUCCAACGCGAAUUGCCGAUGGAUGUGAACCGUGUUCCGAUUGGAACAAAUCGCCUCCGAAUUCGCCAAUUAUAAAAAAUGGCGAUAAUAAUAGUCCAAUUUUAAGUAAGUUUUUUUUUAAUAUAUACAUUCUUUCUUAUAAUUUUAUAAUCAUUAUUAUCUUAUCCUGGUGGGUUUUGGGCUCUAAAAUCAGCUCUCCUAGCACAUUUACCCGUCACCCUUUCCCUAUCCUCUGCCAUCACUUCUAUACAUAGUCUAUUCGAAUUAACUGAUUUUUUUCAGCUAUUUAAAUCUGGCUUCCUUAAACCUUAAAUGUGAUCUACCUUAACGUUGGUCUUUUAUCUAAUCGAGUCUUAAUAACCGUUUUUAUAAGUAAGUCGGGGGUUCGAUAAAAGUCUAUACGUGGCGUUCCUUGCAUCAUGAACUAAUCUUACUAACACUAAUAUCCGAACUAACAUAAACAUUCGAACUUAAAUAGGUCUUUUAGGGUCCUCCCAACCAGUUAUUAAAUUGAUAACACAAAAUAUUAAAGGUUUUUCUGUGAACAACGAUUUUAUACUAUUAGAAAAUAAGUAAGUCAUCUUUUUUCCAAACGUGUUUGGCAGUUCAUAUUAGUCUUCUCAUUUUAAUUUCUGCAGUUAUGAUAUCUAGUUGAUGAAACAAAUUCUUCAGCUCUUCAUUGUGAUGAGGUUCUAAUCAUUAAAACCCACGGAUUUAAUUAAAUGGGUACAAUUUUUAUUAUUUUAAUACACUACUAUAUGAAUUUUUUUAAUAACGUUGACCACUGAGAAAUUAAAUUUUAGAAUUUUAAAAUAUUUAACCUUAUUAGUUAUUAUAUUAUAUUAUUAUAGUCGUUGCGCUCGCUCAAUUUUAAUGAAUUCCCGAGUACUGCAGAGUAUCAUUAAUUUUGUGCGUAUCACAUUAUUACCUAAUAAACAUUGCAUAAUUUAUUUUCGAAAUAUUUAGUUUAAUAAAUAGUUUAUGAAAUACAAUUUAUAAUAUAAUGAAAAAAUAGUUUUAUGUACAUUUUACUGAUUAACUGGUUCCGCCACAAAUUAAAACAAAACUUACUCUUAUACUUUUACUAAUUUAUUAGUAAAAAAUAUUACUGUUAAUUUUAUAAUUAUAUACGUAAUAUAUAACUUUAAUGUACAAAGUUACUUACAUUGUGGAUCCUUAGAAAAUACGUAUUCGUUGUUUUCGAAAAAAAACGGCCGAAAUUUAAGUUUUUGUUAUAGUUAAUUUUAAACACUUUCUUAUUAUUAUUUUUCUUGGAUUGGAUUAAGGGAGACUGUAGUAUCGAGCUUCAAAGCAAUGUAAGCCUUAAUAUUUCGUCUUCUACUUUUUUAAUUUUUUUUUUUUUUUCGGAAAAGACUUCGGUUAGUGAAAAUGCUCCGUUUUUUCAUGACAUAUAUAUUCCUAUUAAAAAAUGCGGAUUCAUUGCUUGGUGGCACUUUAUUUAAAAUAUUCAUCGAUACUUUUCUAAAUCGUUUUUGGUUUUGUUUUUUUUUUAAUUAAAAGUAUGGCAAGGUGACAUUUUGAACUAUUAUCAAAAAGUUUUUUAACCAUAUCAAAAUGUCUAGUUUCUAAAAGGAACAAGUACCGGUGUAUAAUAAUAUUGUACGAUAUUGUAUCGUAAACUAUACAAUAUAUAGUUAUAUAGUUAUAUAUAAUGCCGUUAAAAAUAAAUAAAAUAUAUAUAAGGAAUAAAAAUAAAUAAAUCUGAAUUUAAAAAAAAAAAAUAAUGUUUUAGAGAAAAAUAAGAGUCUCGCUAAAUUAUUUUGCAUGAAACAAUAUCGGUAUAAAUUCAAAUACUAUUUGAGUUAUAACGAGUUAAUACAAAUACUAAUAUUAUGGUGUUUAAUCCCGCAUUGAUGUUCGUAUGGAUACUGAACAUGAUCGGUAGAUCAUUAAAAAAAAAAAAAAAAAACUGGUUUUUAAAUGCCGUAAUAUUUACGGUUUUCGUCCAAAUUUGAUCUUAUAACGAUUAUAAAAAAAGAACUACUACAUUACAUUCAACUUUUUUCCGUCUUUUCUGGGUUUUCUCAAUUAUUAUGAAAACACUUUGAAAAAUAAAAAUUACCUCUUUAACGCACCAACUAAAUUCAAAAUAUAUUAUUGAUUGGAGCAAGAUUUCUGGUUGAAAAUUGGUUUACACCAGAGUUUUUCAAUCUGGAGGUCACUAAUUAUUUAGGGUCAAAGAUAUUGGGUCAUCGUGUGUAAAAUAUAUACUUAGGCAUUGCUAAAGAACUAAAAAUUCAUUAAGGGUUUCGCGACAGUAGAAAGGUAGAGAAAUACUGGUUUACACGCAAAAAAAAAAAAAAAAAUGCCAUUUCAUUGUAUAAAAAAGGAUCAUAUUUAUACAGAUUUAUUCGAAUACAUUUGUAUGUGUGAAAAAUUGUACCUAUUUCACUGCCUGAAAGAUUUUUUUUGAAAUAAACCAUAAUAUUUUAAUACAGCUUAUAUAUAGGUAAUAUCAUAUUAUCCACUCAUUAUAAAUAAUAUAUUUUGUAUAACUGCAAUAUUCCUUCCGAUAAUGCAGAAAAAAAAAUCACAUCUGUAAAUGUAUAAUAACUUCCUAGUCAGCUCUCUUAUAAAAUAUGUAUUUCUGUAAUCUGUUAUUAUUUCAUUUUCAUGCGAUAUUCUUUGUUUUUUUUCUUUUUUAAUUCUUAUUAAAAUUAUAUUUAUAACGAGUAUUAAAUUGCAUCGUAUCAUAACGAAAUUGAAACCGUACAAUUCUGAGUAAGGCUUAAUAAUAUUAUCGUGCUUAAUGCGUUUAUAAAAAAAAAAAAAUGAUGAAUAAAGCAAACUACAAGGCAGUCUUCUGUAUAACUAUUGCGUUUUUUUCCAUAUAAAUAAAAUGACAUUUCAAGUGUUAUAUUUAUCGUGUAUUCUGCAUAAAUUUAAAUCUAUUUAGGGACCCUGUGGCAGCAGGUAUUUUUGGCUAAAAAACAUGCCUUAUUAGAACUAUUCUCAAUGUCCAAUUUUGAUGAUUAUUUUUUUGUUGGGGAGAUGAGGACUUCCCGCAGCCAGUGUCGAACUCCGUUUUUCAGUACCUAUUUUAAUCUCAUUUAAAUAAUAUGUGUUUAAAAAAAGUCAAUUUUAAAGUUUUUUUUCAACAUAAUUUUUAUGUCAUUAUUUGAAAUAUAUUAUAAAACGCUUCACCGUUCUAUGCGGACUAUCGUAGAAUGUCGUUGCUUAUAUUAAUUCGAAAAAAUGAAUUCUAUAUAAAUAUUAAAUUUUCAAUGAUUAGUGUAGAAGUCAUAUUAUUCGUCUGUAAAAACGGCCAUACUCUUUCCUUCUGAAUAGUGGGCAUUAGGACGUAGUAUAGUGAAAAAGUCUUAUCAGGAAAUUAUUGAAAUGUACAUAAAACAUUAUACAUAAGUAUAGCAUUCUCAUUGCAUCUUUAAGGUUUUUCUUCUAUUAAAUUUUGCUCAAAGAAUUACAUAAAAAAAUGUUUUUUAAAUUUUUUAAAGGAGUUGACUCCCCUCCUUCACCUCUCUUACCUCUUACCUACGCUCAUGAAUCAAGCAAAAAUUUAUUAAAUAUAUUAAAUAACUGCCUCAAAUUCAAAAUUCUGACUUUACCACACGCUGUCAGUUUCAAUAUUAUAGUAACAGAGUGAAUAAAAUUGACCUAUUAUCAAACGUAAUUGUAAAACUAUUAUCUAUGUGUUUAUACGUAGGUUUUUUGUCGUUAUUUUAAUUUGAAAUCGAGAUACAAGAUUUUUUUAAACAUUAUGAUAUUAUGUCCUCUUAAUUCAUCAUCUCCAAUAAUAUAAAUAUCCUGGUUAAAAAAAAAAAAAUGUACACUUCGAUCGAAUAUAAAAUUACGUUAGGCAUUUUAUUGAUCAGGUAAUAUCAAAUCAUGGGUUUCGUAUAACUGCAGUACAUAUAGGUUAUGGUAAGUCCACUUACACAUUAUUAAUUAUUAUUAUCAAGUAUAUAUACUUAGAUUAAAAUGUGUAUAUUAAAAUUUGUGUUGUAUAAUAAUAAUUAAUGCAAUUUCCUCAAGCCUCUAUAGUUUAACAUUUUUAUUGCUCACCGUUCCAUAAAAUACAUAAUAUAUUACAAUAAAUCGCAAUAUUAAAUAAAUUGAUUUUUUUUUUCAAUUUAAGAAGUUGAUUCAUGAGAGUAGCUAUUAUAUAUUAAUUGGAUACCAUCGUAUGGGUUACGUAAGGUUAGAUUAGUUGUUAUAAAAAUGCAUAGAAAAUACCUAUAAAAUACCUAUUAUUUCGUUGAUAUCAUAUUUUUUUAUUUUAUAGGAUAUUUCGAUUUUUUCUCAAUAAUAAAGAAAAGUUCCAUAAUAAUAUAUUUUGAUUGCAUAAUCGGAAGAUUUUUUUUAGUAUGUAUACGCAUAAGUUCUUAUAUAUGGCGCACUCACGACCACACUACUCACCUGCAGUCACUAUAUUAUAGUGUAUGCAAAUUAUUAUGCAAUGAUUCGCCUAACGUACAAAUGUCAUUUCUCACGACUUUAACAAUAUUAUUAUCUUUAUUUUUUUUUUUUUUUGUUAAUUUCUAUAUUUUUGUUAACAACAACAAAAAAAAAAGAAUGGUUUAUUUUCAAUAUCUUGUGUAAAACCAAAAUGUAUAAAAUUAUAUGCGAAAUUUUAUAACCGCGUGUGCAAUAUUAAUAUACCACACGUAUUUUUUCGAUGGUUUCUAUUUUUCUAUCUAUUUUGAAUAGCGAGUUUACUAAAUAUUAUAUUUAUAUUAUUUUUGUAGCUUAAAAGUAUUAUAACAUAUGAUACAUUUUAUAUUCAUAUCGUGUAAUCGUGUGCUAUAGUUGAGACUUAAUAGUUUGGUGAUUAGAAAACAAUUACUUUAAAGACACCUUCUUUUUUACGGUCGUUUAUAACUAACUGAGGGGCGAUGGAGUUCUAUCUCGGUUUUCGUCGUAUUAUAUUGCCCUAUGCUCUAUUCUUUAUACCUACUUGGCCUUUAUUCAUUCGGUCCCUUGGUUAAAAUCGUAUAGGCGCCAACUGAUAAUAGUAUAGGAACUAUUAUAUUAUGUAGGCUGCAUUCAUAAAUUCACCGUAGAGUAGGAUAGUGGAGCAUAACAUUAUAUUUGUCGACCCUAGUACUCUGAGUCUCUGAUACAAACUCUACAGUAGUUAACAUUGAUAAUAAAUGAUACGAAUUGUUUUAAUCAAUUUAAUGAUCUUUCUAAAUCGUUUUGGAAACUAUUACAGGUGAGAACUCCUAGAAUUAUUCAGACCUUGCCGGGAAAAGUUAGAAAUAAAAAUAUGAUUAUAUAAUAUUUGUUAUCAUUUAUUGAUAAGCAUCACUAUCAGUAGAAUCAAAUUAGCUAUUUUCUGGGGUUACAAGUGUAAGAACUAUUAAGAAAAUAAUUCCGUGUUAUCAAACGGUGCAGGUUGUAGUCUUUGCAGUAGAGUUAACUCUGUUUUCUUUAUUCAUUCAUAUAGUUAAUUACUUGUUUAUAAUAGUUAACUAUAUCGAGUGGAGUUUUCGAACCCACGAGUAAUGAUUAUUAUAUAAUAACUACAUAUCCUUCGUAGGUAUUGAUGCAUUUUAUAGUUGAAAUAUACCGCAGAAAUAAUAAAAACAAAUUGUUUAAGUCAUAGUAAUAUAAUAAUUGAAAUUCGAUUCGCGCAUGUCAACCGUACCAACGUCGCGACGUCGUCGUUGUCUAGUAAGGUCAUUACUAUCAGACAACUUUUACCGACGUCUCUCUCUCUAUAUAUAUAUAAUGCCAUGCUGUAUCUGAUCCGAACUUUCAAACUAAAUGGUAAAAAAUAAAAAUAAAACAAGUAAAUAAUAAUAUAACGAAAAAUAUUACCGCAUCCAAGGACUUUUUUUAAUCCAUAUAAAUAUAUAUUUAUACUUAAUGACUGCGCAAUAAAAUCAAUAAAACUUAUAUCUAUCUAUAUAUAUAGAUAGAUAUUUAAAGUCGAUAUUUCUAUGUGUAUUUAACGUAUACGCGUACUUAGGUGAUAUUAUCAUUAUAUCGAACUCGACGACCUGCGGGUAUAUUUUAUAAUGUACAUAUAAUUUACAUAUUAAAAUAUUAUAUUACGCAUAUUAUAUUUCUGUUUACCAAUUCUAAAUAGAAUAUGAAAAUUAUGUUAAUUUAUGUAAUCGGUUUGUAUUGUUAAUAUAACAUUACAUUAUAAUAUAAUGUUUAAAUUGGGCGGAAAAUUUAGAUUGUAGUAGCUAGAUGAAUGGCGAGUAUCGUAACAAAUUGUUUUUGACUGGGUACCAAUUUAGAUAAAUUCAUAUUUGAAUAGAUUUUAAAAAAUUACGUUUACCAUCGGUUAUAAUUUGCAGGGAUGGGCGAUUCGAUACAUCGAUGCUUAAGACCGUUUCGAAUAUCGGAUUCGUGGUAAUUUUUGAUUUCGAUAUUUUAUUAUGGUAAAAUGAUUAGUGAUAACGUGAUAAUCACAUCGUAAUUAAAAAGUGCGUUAUAAUAAUAAAUUAAUAAAUAAUAUUUGGGAUUAAUAUAUUACAUGAUAUUUGUAUUUCGUUUUUAUUUUUAAACAAAGGCAUAGAGUAUCGAAUUCUGAAUUUUUGUUAUCGCUCUUGGUUCUAGUUAUAAUAUAACUAUACGGAAAUUGUGAUUUUUUUUUUUGAAUAUGAUACUCCGAAUGAAAAUGCCUAGUACGCAUCGCAGGUAUACUUAGGUAUACACUAUGUUAUUUAUAUUAAGAGGUUGAAAAAAGUGGUAUAUAAACCGAGAAACGUUUGUUAAAAACUAUAGGUUUUGAAUUUUAAAAACGAAUUUUGAUUAAUCAACAAUAAGUAUAGUAGGUUUUAGUGGGGGUGAUUUUAAAUAUUCCGAAAAUUAUAUUUAUUAAUAGAAAAAUACCAUAUUUUUGUUCGUUGAUAUCACAGUUGAAAAAAAAUAGAUAUUUGAAAUCGCCGCCUCCGUCAUAAACCUAAUCAAUCAAAAGCCAUUUUUCAAAAUGAAAAUCCUUCAAACCCAGUCCUUAAAUUGUUGUUUAGUUUUUUUUUUAUCUAAACCGCGUCAUCUUGGUCUAAACAUAGUUGCACACCUGUUUCCUUUAAAUUCUCUUAAACAAUUUAGAGAACAUUUUGAAAAUCGACUUCAAUACUACUUAAUCUUUAAAACAAUUUUUGAUAAUUUUUUUUUAGAAUUUGAGCGAAUUGUAACGGAUUUACUAUGUUGGUUUUUUCCCUUAUUUUUGUGUUUGUAAACAACUUUUCUAUCAAAAAACAUAACCCAAUCAAAAACGUUAUAGUAACUUGCUUGUAGAAUUUUUGAUCUAGUUGAUGCAAUGAGGAGAUUAUUUGUUUUAUUUUUCUCUUAGUUUUCUUAAUGAAUGGGUAAAAUUGAUAAUUUUUGUUGGUUUCUAGUUUACUCUAACAACAAGGAAAAAAUAUGACUAAUAAUUCUCUACUUAUAACGAUUUUUCGUUAGCAAUGAUCUUUUUUUGCUUACACGUGUAAACAAUAUUAUUCUAUUUAUUUUCCCUUUGAAUUUCCCUCCUAAAGCAGUGACACACCCAUCAGCAGUAUCAGCUUUUCUUUUCGUUAUAAAUAUUAUAUUUCGUCGGUGAUUACAAAAUAGUAUGUUUUCGAGCCCUCGGAGAGUGUGGCCACACUGCUGCAGUUUUAACCCGGUCAAUAACAAUAAUACUACGAAUGCGUUUAGUGCGCUUGCCUUGGAUGCGUUCUCCCCUUCUAUUAUAAUACAGCCGUGCCUUCUGCCAUUCACUAUUUUUUUUUUAUACUCAUGGUAUACAGUCGUCCCCCACACGGAGAGGACUAACGUCUAACUAGUUUUGGACAGGUGUUUAGUACACAUCUCGGUUGUGCGUGAACCAAACGUCAUCUUCGUUUAUGAUGUAUACUUAUGAUUAUUAUAAUAUAAAGUCUAUGUACAGUCUUCGAUCGUGUUGAAACGUCUUUUUUUACCGUAAUUUGUAUUAUUUUAAUGUAAACAGAAUAUAUUAUAGCGAAAAUGCACCGCCGCCGUCGUGACGAAUAAUCCAUAUACCUAAAUAUUUAUCACAGUGAACACGAAAGGUAACCUUUGCAAUAUAAACGUAGUUGUUCGGGGCAUUUUUUUUUCAAGAACGUUUUCUGUGUUCUGCAAUUGGACACACGCAGUAAAGUCCAAUGGACACUCUGCAGUAGAGUAAGAUUUUGAUAAUACUGUGUGUACUACUGCUCUUAAAAAAAAACACUCACUGGUGUGGGGUGGAGUAACUGGGAAAAUUCUAGGGGAAGGUUUGGACUAUCUUCUCGUGGAAAUUUUUAAGGGAGGGGCAAGUGAACACGCAUUCGUAAAUAUUCACUAAAAAAUGCCUCGUAGUCGUUUAAAAUAAACUUUUUAUGUUCGUAUAAUAUAAUAAUAUAUUAAAUAAAAGAAAAUAUGUAAAUAAUACCAGCUAGUGUUUUAAAUUUUUUACUUGUCGGUGCUAAACCGAUAAUAUACAAUCGGAAAACUGCGAGAUAAUAUUAUUUCGGACGUGUCCUGCCAAGGGGAGAGUUUUCUUCGCGCUGACUCACAAUAUUCACACCCUUUAUGUAUAUAUGUAGGGUGUGUUGCCAAUCAAUAUAUUGUACUCGUAUGUGUGUCUGUAAGACUCGGACGAUGGUUAUUUAGCGUAACGCCGAAAUUCAAAACUGGAUAAUAUAGCUUUCAUAAUUUAUUAAAUACUUAUUAUAAUUGUCUUGGAUUUUAAAUUUUGAUUUUUUUUAUAUAAAUAUUUUUUUCAUAAAAUAUUUCACAAUUUUCGUCCUGUAUAUGCAAAUAAAAAGUUAAAACUGGAGAUGGGUGUGUCAUUGUUAUUGAUGGGAAGUUGGGUAGGUCGGUACAUAAAUUUAUUUAAUUUAUGUAUGUACUUAACAACAUAUUAUUACUGACGAAAUACGACUCUAAGCAAAUUUCGGUGAAACUUGUUUUGAAAUUCCGUAAUUUUUACGAUUUUACGAACUUAAAAAACAAGCUUAUAACCAAAUUACUAUAUUAAGCUCAAUUUUUUUAUGCCACUAAAUGAAAAACAACUAAAACAACUUAUAAUGAACCUUGUGCUAUAUGUCCAAGCAUUUCUGUCUGGUCAAACAAUUUUGUCUACAUAAAACUUAAUAAAAACUAUAAACAAAUCUUGAAAAUGUAAAAUCUCUGCGAUUAUUUUCUACCGAUUUACAACAAAAAAACAAAAUAGUAAAUAAUGAAACCAUUUAGGUAUGCUGUACAUUUUUUCGUUUUUCCUACGUUUUUUCCCAAUUAUUAAAAAAAUUACUUGGAAAAUCAAAAAAAUGACCUCCCAAUGCAUCAACUAAAAUCAUCCAAAAUGCUAUAAAAAAGUUUUUGGUAGAUAAAUUGUUUAAUUUUAAUCUUAAUCCGUUAUCUUUUAAUCCUACAAUGCAUUAUGUUACCUACAGGUUACAAUGUUUUGAAUUGAACAUUAUUUAAAAAAAAAAAGAAUUAUUAAUAUGAUUGCAUGAUGUUACUUAUCGACAGCAAUGUAAAAAAUGACUUUUAUCUAAAUAGGAUUUAAAAAAAAAAAAAAUGUUUUUAUUUUUCUUGUAAAUAAAAGUGCUUAAUGGACAAAAACAAUUUUACUAAUUGAAAAAGUGUUUUUUAAGUGGAUAAAAUACGCAUUCGCAAUACACGAGUAUAAAAUAGAACAACUAAGCUAUAUUAUUCAUGUGUAAUUAUUCGUUUUGUUUUUCACAAUUUUAAACAUACACAUAGUCGCAGCGUUGUUUAACAACUAUAAUAAUAAAAUAAUUAAUUAGCAGUUUAAUUCGUAUGGUAAUAAUGUUUUCAUAGCGCCUAUAAUACAGGCUUCGUAUUUUAUACAAUUAAAACAUUACAGACAAAGUUAAAAGUGUUAUUAAUUAUUACGUUUACCCGCUUUGAAAAAAUACAUCGGUCACCGUUUAAAAUUAAAAUUAUUUCCACAAGUUAUAUUAUUAUCAUAUAUAAUAUAAUAGUGGCCAUAGAUAGGGUAAAGACUCCAGUGUAUGCGGUAUGCUAUUUUAAGCAAUACUAGACUGACAUUCUACAAUUCUUCAAAUAGAGCUAUGUAGUUUUAUAUUUGAUCUUAAAUAAAAGGUCGUUUUGUUCUCUAUUUAAUGGUGCAAUGUUAAAUCGACCAUUUUUAAUUUUUCACAAUGAAAUCAUAUUGUGUAUACAUAUUGUAUGUACUUAUUAGCAUAAAAAAAAAUAAAUCUACCAGUGUAUGGCACACACAAAUUUUGAUGUUUGAUUUGUGUUUUCAUUCCUUAAAUGAUUAGGUCUAGUCGUGACAACUCUGAAAAUGUAUGAUUUCAUUAAAUUACUGUUUAUAUACCUAUAUUCUACUCUGUAGUGUCAUUCAUUAUAUUAUUAUAUUGUAGGUAGUGCGUGUAUUAUGAAUUUUGUAUUUGUUCAAUUAUUUAAAACGAUCGUAUCGCUAUAACGAUAAUAUGAUUUAUUUUAUGCAUAAAUCACUGAGACGUAUUUACAUUUUUGACGCCCUUUUAUAAGACCCUAUUAUUAUAUUUUUAUAAAGUACUGGAAUUUCGAGCUACACUGGUUUUUGUAUUGCGCACACACUUUGUGCGUUCCCAGUGGCGUGCGGUAGUAUUCGAAGCUUGGUGUGCGUUAAAAAUAAAAAAAAACAAAACAAAACCGUUAUAUAAGUAAAUUAUUUUAUAAUUAAAAAAAAAAAAAACUUUUAUAAUUUACGAUAUUCAUCUAUUUAUCCGUGGACUACAAUUAUAACAUUGUUAGGUAUAUUGUAUUGUGUCUAACAAAAAAAAAAAAAUACCAAAUUAUCGAACGUUUGGUAUCUAAAUAUCCGUAUUAUUUACAGUCGCUCAAUGCACGGUUUCCAACUGCUGCGUGAAAUCGUGGUCAUCCCAGCUCCAUCGCACCCGACCAUGUUAUGUAUACGGUACGAGCCGGGCAUUCGAAAUCCUUCGAGCGCUUCUGUUAUUAAUAUGUUGCCUACCUAUAUAUUGAUGUUAUUUAAUACCGUAAAAUUAUAUUUCUUGAUUUUUUUUUCUGAUUAUUAAUAUGACGGAGUAAGAAAAUUGAGUGCAUUUUAGCUGAAAUAAUAACAAAAAAAAAAAAACUAUUAGGUACACCGUGACAUAUUGUCUAUCGAAUAUUAAUAACUAAAAUACAUUUUUUUCUUCCUUUUCGAUCGGGAAUGCGGCGCUCACCUCGUUCGCUCUGACCCUCACUGCAGACGUCACUGUCUAAAAUGCACUGUUUCAGGCUCUGCUGAGUGAGUGUAAACUGUAGGACGGGGUUAAUAUUAAAAAAAAAAAAAAAAAAUUACUAUUUUACAAUGUCCUUAAACGAUUGUGGCGCUCGGGGCCAAUCCUCCCCAUAUAUAUACGUCCCUAGUAUAAGUAUAGAUACGGGUUUUUUUUUUUUUUUUCAUGUAAUCAGUUACAACUGUUAUUUAUGUUAUACUAUGAUGCUGUUGACGAUAGCGACGGGUUCGUACACACGUAGACUCGUGACCAGUCGCCGACACAUAAGUGUACAUAUACGUAGAUACUAAGGUAAACAGCCUAAGGGGUUUUUUUUUUUGUAAAUUUGUACGCAUAAUUUAGGAAAUAAAACAUUGCUGUUAAAGGCAUUUAAAUUUUCUAGCCAACAAUAACAUAUAAUGUCUGGGUAGUAGGUAAAAAAAAAAAAAAAAUAAAUAUUAUAUAUUUUGAUUAUAAUAUGACGGUGCUACAUAUUAUACUUAAUAGAACUUGUUAUUAUUAUAGGUAUAUUAUGUAUUUUAUUAUAUUGUCAUCGUUAACUAUAUUCGUGAACCUUAUCGAAUUGAAAAAUCUAAAAAUUUGGUCAACCGUAACUUAAAAAAAAAAAAUAAUAAUAAAAAAAAAAUGUGAACAAAAAAUAAGGGGCAUAUAUUAAUUUUAAUUAUAAAUUAUAUACCCUAAGGAUGUAUUCGGUUUUUUUUUCAUACAAGAACAUUUUUAUAUUUUUUUCGAGAUUUUAUCAGUUUUAUUUUUUUUAUAGCAUAUAUAAUGCCAUAAUAAUUCUGUGAAUUAUUAUAGUCGAUUUGUGCAUUUUAAUUUUCUAAAUUGUUACAAAUUUAAUACCUAUGUACGUUAAAAAAAACGGUUUUUUGUCUUGAUGAUUUUUUUUAUAUAUGUAUACAAUAUAAUAUCUAUAUUUUUAAACAUCCGUGUCUGUGAUAAGAGCUGGUAAAAUCCUGAAAAUGUACAUUGUACAAAUUCGGAACCUAAAAAUCUGGAAAGUAUAAAACUUGUGUGUUUCAACGAAAUUAUAGUCACCGAUAAUUUUAGACAGUUGAUAACUGUAAUUCAGACAUUUUUCAUUUCAGAUUUAUACAGUUUAAAUUUCAAUAUAUCUAAAAUCCAUAUUACAGAUUUUUACAUUGCCGGUUUUCAUAGGUACUUGUUUGUAACAGAUAUAGUUUUUAUCGGUACCUAAGUUAACUGUGUUACAUUUUUUUCCUUAUGCAAUUUCUGCGUGUACAAUACAAUUACAUCUCAAUUAUCGAGAUUAUUUUAAAAUAAAAUAAGUACGGAAAUGUAAUAAAUAUAACAGCGUAAACGGAGCGUCUAUUAUUCAUAUUUUGUAACAAUUAUUAUUGUAAAUGAAAAUAUUAGAACGGUAGAAAAUAGAGUAAAAUUUAAAAGGAAUUUUUUUCUAGCAGACUCGAUUAUAAGGUUGUCAAAAACUGUAAAGAUUGCAUGUAAAUAAAACACAUUCAUAUAGAUUCUGUAACUGUUUUUUAUGAUCUGUUUUAGGACAUGCAAUAUAGAUAAUCGAUAUACCGAUACAGCAGACCAUUUUUUAGUGAAUUUCCAUUGAAUGUGUACGAGUAGAUAGACAAAAACUUUUCUUUAAGUUUUGGACUUUCCUUGCAGUUAUCCCUCCUACACCAGUGAGAGUAUUUUCUAUUUAAAAUAUACUGUCAUAAAAUAUAUAACUUCAUUUAUUUACUAUUUAUUUUCUAAUAGACACAUUAGUGAUAGCACAUUUCUCUUUAUUGGGUGUCCAGUUGGCUUUACUGUGCGUCCAUUUGGAAAUAGAAUUCUUAAAAAAGUCUCACUUAUUGUAUAGAAAAUCUGCAGAGAUGUAUUGUAUAGCUAGAAAAAACGGUCUAGGACAUUUCUACGCGAAGUCCAUUUCGGCGAGAAAUAUAAUUAUUUUGUUUACAUUUUUAAUAUUUUACCUAUUGUUACAAUUUGCUGUUAUUUUAAACUAAUAAAAUAUAGAUAAGUAUACUAUUAUAAUUAUCAUAAAAACAAUAUUAUUAUAAUUAUUAUGCUAAUGAUUAUAUAUGAUUAUAUGAUAAUUGAAUAAAACAAUGAUAUAUAUAUAUUAUUAGUUAAAAUUGCAUUAAAUUAAAACAUAAUUUUUUUAUGCUUAUUAAAUUAUGAGUUAUACACCUCUUAAAAAGUUGUUAAUUUUGCGGUUAUCAUAGUCACUGACUAGUUUAAAAGUAAGAUUGUGAUGUGAUGGUGAAAAGCCAUUUAUUGUAUUGUAGAUUAAGCCGACAAUUUGCUGAUUUUUUAUAUAAUUUAUUUACUAGGCUGAAAUAAUGGCAAAUAGUAGUAGCGCGUAAAAUAGUGAACAUUUAAAAAUUAUAUUCCACGCCCAAACGUGCCAACUACGGUGAUAUAUAAAAAUAGCAAUAGCAUAAAACUUAAAAUAGAUGGGCAUUUUGUCAAUUUUCUUAUACUUUUUUCCAGUUUUACCCAAUAUUAGGAAAACUAAAAAUGAAAUCAAAACAAUGAUCUCCCAUCGCAGAAACUAUAUACGAAAUACAACAAAAAAGGUAUCUUGUUAUUUUUUUAUUGGAGGAAGAAUUUUAGUAAAAAAGUGGUUUGCCGACAGAAAAAAAAAACAUAAUAGUAAAACCAAUAGAUCUCUCGUUACGCUGAGAAUCUAAAAUAGUAAUUUGGUUGGCAACAUCUAAAAUCAAAAUCAUUGUCUGUGAACAUUUUAAAUGGUUCCGGGCCUACCCCCUGCUCUGAAUUCACGCCUGUUGAUCGGCCUUGAUUACAUUCAUAUAUAGACGCAAAUAUUUCAAAUAUUUUGGGAAAGCUUAUACUAACGUCAUAUAUAAUAUUGAUUAAAACUGAUUACCUGUACCUAUACUUAGUAUUUACUUGAUAACGACAUGAUUUGUAGGGAUUUGCUACGUUUCGACGGAGGCUAAACCUCUCAAGUCCCACCCUCCUUCAUUUAUGACGGGAUGAAUAUAUUAAUUAUUAUUUUAGUUGUUAUACGUAUUGUAUGCCAUAGUAAUACACUAAAACACAUAAAAUAAGAGAUAUUUUUUUUCAUGCGCCGAAACAUUUAUAAGCAAUAUACGAGUCACCGGAUAGUGUAAUUUUAUACCGGGAAACUUUAUUUCCCCUCCUGGUGUGCGGAUAUUAUAUUCCUUAUUAUAAUACACAUUAACCCCUUUUUUUUAGUUAUCGUUUUUAUUAUAUAGCAACACUAACAGUUAUUAUAAUAUACGCGUAUUUUAUAUAAUAUGAACGUAGUUGGUGUGACCCUCUUGUUUUAAUAAUAUAUAAUUCUCUUCAAUUUCCUGUUAAAGAGCAGGGAGUGUUGUAAUAGUAAUAUGGGCGCAUAUUUCGGUACGACAUCAAUUAGCAUAACCCAUUUUAUUCGCUUAGUUUAAAUAUAAUUAUAAUAUUUCGUUUUUAUUUUCGGCUAGGAUAAUUUGCAGGUUUUCUAUAUAAUACCAUUAAUAACAUUAUAAUACUCGACUGAAUUUUAUUAACACAUUGUAAAUCGCAUCCGACGCCAUUCUGCAGGUGAAUUAUUAACCUAUUAAAAUUCUAUAGGACAGGUAUUGUUGAGUUUUAUUCGGGGAAUAUUAUUGUAUUCAAUGUUACGCGCGAACAGGCGUUUAAUUCUCCUUGUAUUUUAAACGUUCGGCAAUUUAAAAAAAUUAAUCGAAGUUAUAUUAGAGUGCAUACGCAGGGUAAUUUUUUUUUUUUAAUCGCGAUCCGAUUUCCAUUUCUACUUAUUUAUGCUUUAAACGAAACAGCAUAUUAAUACUUUCGAUUUUCAAACGACAAUACCCUCCAGCCGACAAAAUAUUCGAUAAAUGAAUAAGUAUAUUUGUUUCUUUUAAAACGUCUAUACGUCUGUAUACAUAAAACUGUAAUAUCGGGCAUACCGUUAUUGUAUAUGAGUUAUAACCACAGGCUGGAACUAUAUGUACUUAUAAUUGUUAAGUAUGUACGCUAACAAGCGCUAAAAAAAUAUGCAUACAUAAUAUGCGGUACAAAAAUUUAAUUUUUAAUGCAUUGCAAAAACUAAAUAAAUAGUAUGUUUAAGUAAUCUAAUUUAGUGCAUUGUUUAUAUGAAAAAAGUACGAAACAGUAGUAUAUUAAUUUGAAAAAACAAUAAUUUACCAAAGCGUGUUCCAUGUUCAUCUUUUUGGGGAUUUUAGGUAAUUCUUUAGUGCUAUCUUUUGUUUAUAGUGACCAAAUAUGUGAACAUACAGAACAUGCACUAACCAAUAAAUUACUUUAAUCAAUCAAGUAAUGUUUUAUGGACUCUCAUUGACUGCUGUAUGUAUGUGAUGUAGAAAAUACCAAUUGGGGUAUGCAUUCUACGCAAAAUUCGGUCUUUAGUAAAACUCUUAGCAUUCAAUUUUAGAAGAUAACUCUUCGCGAUACUUCUUCGGUUGGAAAUUUAAACUGUAAUGUAACUCAUAGAUAUUAUUACCGUUAUUAAUAAUAUCGAAAUGUUUAGACAAUUAUUCUCUGUUUUUGAAUCCUGUCGGAAAACAAGGGUCCUUCACCGAAAAUGGUCGCUAUUUUAAAAUCAAAAGUCGACGCGUGCUCGCGGACGGUGCGAAAGAACGAAUAAAAAACGGGUUAAAUGUUUUUUGGAAAAAAAAAAAACGUAUUUGUAAAUAUAUGAGAUCGUUAAACGAUUCUGUAAUAUAACGGCUGAAAAAAAAUCGAAAUCAAUUUUACCUGAAAAUUUUCGUAUGGGAAAUCGACGGAUCAUGAAAAAAAAAAAAUACACUAUAUAUUUAGAACUAUACAAUUAUUUGAAUACUAUAGAUGUAUCGAUACCUAUACGUACAUAUACAAAUUUAAUAUACCGAUAAAAAAAUAAAAAAAAAAAAAAAACGUACGAAUGAAUGUAAUCGCGGCAUGAGCGGCAUAUUAUAUUAUAUUCGUAUGUUGUUAUAUUUUCACAUUUUACCAAAAAAAAAAAAAUCCGGUUAAUAUUCAAUAUAUUCGCCCAUUAGUCGUAUAGAAUUUCUCUGAAUAACGUACAUAUUAUACGUAUAAUAAUAGUAUAAAAUAGGUUUUCAACACAAAAAUAAUUAUACAAUUUGUCCGGAAUGUUUUUCGGUUCCGUAGUGGGGAAAAAAAAAAAAAACCAAUAGGUUUUUUCAAUAUAAUAAUUUGUAUGCGAUUUGUGUUCCGUAUAUAUUGUAUUUAUUAUAUUGGAAUUUCAGCGGUACAUCACGAAUUCGUAAGGUAAAAUUCUUAAUUACGAUUGUACAUGAUGAUUGUGUUGCAAUCGGCGUUAAAUCAAAUAUAAACAUUGUUGGUGUUUAAAAACGAUAAAAAUAAUAACGAUAAAAGACAUAUUGACGAAUGGGCGGAAAUAUUAUUACCCCGGGCGAGUUUGACAUGACAAAAAUAUCACGCGGGUGCUUGCGGGGCCAACGAUGAUGAUCUUACAGGAAAUAUCGGAUUCCAUCAAUAAAUUAUUAUAACGGCAAACCAAAUAUUUCGGCGUUUUUUCAUUUCCGAUUGUUCCCUUACAAAAUAUAAUUAAAAAGCAAUAAACUCGACUUUGAAAACAUAGAAAGUGCCCGUUUGUUGUUUUUCCGUAAAUCGACACGUAAUAAAAAUUAAUUUACGUAAUUUGCGUAGUAUCAUUAUGCGCGUACAUUACUUGCAGGUGGGAUAUUACCAUUAGAACAUUACGGCGUUGGAAAUUGAAUAUUUUAAAAUUUCACUCAUUUCAGCGAUUCGAUUUAAGUGUCUGUACCUGUCCAGCGCGCCUACUUGUUGGAUAUUCGAUAUUUUAUUUAUAUUAGAUGUGUAUUUUUAUAACGACGGCCGCGGUGUGAUGAAACUUCUGGUUAAAUAAUCGGCUUGCGGUUUUGUUUUCUUACUUUAUUUUUUUUUCUCCAUCAAAAUAUCAACCAAAACGUUAUUAUUGUUGUUAUUAUCGUACGAAAGCGACGUUAUUUAUUUUUAUUUUUCUCGAAUAAUUGAGCAAUGUUUUUUCACGUGACGGGUCGAUGGGGAUAUCAUUAUACGAGUUGGGAAAAAAAAAAACAAAAAAACAAACAGAAAUAAAAACAUUCGUAGACCACCUUCAUUGAAACACACGCGCGACCGUAUGUAUAUAUUUUUUUAUUUCGAUACACGUACAAUAAUAGGGCGCAUAUUAUAUUUGGAACUCUGAGACAAUGAACGACACACACACACAGAAACACACACACACACACACACCGCACGCGCAUAGUCUUUGGGUUUCUCCUCUUCUCCUCCGUUGCCGUGCACGUAUAAAGGCGUAGGUAAUUGUCUUUGCAUAAUGCGCGCUCUCGUGUGUGUGUGUGUGUGUGUGUGUGUGUGUGUGUGCGUACACCGAUAUUAUAUUAUAUAUUGUAUUAUCUUUAGGGUAGAUAGAGAUAGAGAUAGUGAACGAGAUAGACAGAGUGAGCGAGACGGACCGACGGCUCGGAAUGGUGAAAAAAAAAAAAAGUGGGAAAAGGCGUCGCGCAUCAGGUGAAUGACUCGGUUAGAUUCUGUUCUUUUUAUGGUAAAGGUACUGGCAGUGGGUAACGCAGACGGCGAUGAUGUAUACGAGAGUAUAAAAGAAAUGGAAGAUUAUACGACAGGUUAAAAGAUUGUAGACGAUUUUAUUAUCAUCAUCAUCAUCAUCAUUAUUAUUAUUAUUAUUAUGAUUAUUGGAACAAAACAAUAGUCGCAGUUCUCGGACGAACGUAUUAUAUAUAUAAUAAUAAUAUAAUAUGUAUUAUUUGUACACGAUUCGUUUUUCGUUUUAAAAUAUCGAUACCCCGGUGGAAAUUGUAUACCGUCGUCGGCGAACACCGACAUUGGUUCGUGACUGUGCUCGUUCUCUGUUAAAUUACAACGAAAUGACAUUAUUCGCGUGUCGACGUUCUAAUUCCCUCGAUAUUUUAAUGACAGUUUAAUGAAAACUCAAUGUAUCUACCUAGAUAGGUAUCUACAAACUGUGGCGUACGCAUUAAAGAAAUAGGCAGUACUUAUUGAAAAUAGAAUAUAUAAAUAUACGUAUAUUUUUUUUAUUUUUUUGCAAGUCAAGUCAACAAAUGCAUUGAUAAUUAAAAAUUAAUUAAUAUUACAUUUUUACUUACACAUUCUUUUCAGGCUAUUUUAUUAUUUUUAAUAAUUCCGAUCUAUUGAAUUAUUAAACGCAACAAAAAAAUAAAAAAAUGGCUAAGCACUUAAACCAAUGUAAUCCAAACGUUGUAGAUAUUUUCUUAAUAAUUUAUAUUAUUGGCGAUUUUUUUGAAUGAAUCGAACACCUGAAUAACCAAGAAUAUUUGUGUGAUCUCAUUAGAUGUGCUUAAUUUCAUGCAUUUUAACAGUUAUAAAUCUCUAGUGUUAUAUAUAAACCGAGUGAAAUCUCCAUGGUAGUUGCUUCUGCUCAGUUGAGGUCAGCCCACCAUGACUAGUAACACAAAUCCAAUUCUAUCUGACCCCAUUGUAUUCAGUCAACAACCAAAUCCUAUAUUAUUCAGCUCUGUAUUAUGAUUAUAACUUUAAAGGAAUAUAAUCUGAUUAUAAUAUAUGUAUGUUCACAGCGUUAACAGGAAGUCCAAUAAUGCCUGGGGGAACACCGGCUGCUAAAUUAAAAGUAAGUUUAAAUUUUACUCUACCAAAAAAUAUAUUUUAUGGAUUUAAAUGUGUAACAAUAUUUAUAUCAAUUUGAUUACUUUUUAUUACAUUUUUUUUUUUUUAACUAGGACCAAGUACCAAGAAUCAAGGUAGUGACUGCUCUUUACCCCUUUAAAGCAAUUGAACCAGGAGACUUGACUUUAGUUAAAGUAAACAAAAAAGAAUACUAAUUUUUAAAUUAUUAAUCAAUCUUUUAUAAUUUUGUUAGUCUACAAAACAUAAUUUUUUAUUUUCAGGGGGGUGAAUAUGAGGUUAUUGACGAUUCUCAAGAUCAUUGGUGGAAAGUGAGAGAUGAGCAUGGGUAAGCAAAUACAUACCAUAACAUAUAUGUUCUAAUGUUUUAACUAAUACUCUAAUGUUAUGUUCUGUGACCAUUUAAAUUGAAAUGUUUUUCAGUGCUAUUGGCUACAUCCCUAGUAAUUAUGUUAAAGAAAAAGAAUUUCUUGGUCUCCAAAAAUAUGAGUAAGUAAUAACUAAUUUGUAUAUUUUAACUGUUGUCUUAUAUAUAUAGAGUAAUCCCAUAAGGAUUUACUAGCUACAAUAACUCUAAAGUUAAUAUUGAUACUUUGAAUUAUAUAUUUUAUUAAUAUAUGGGUAGUAUAAAUGGGUAGUUCUUUGUCUUCAAAGUUUAUAAGAGAACAAUGAAGUGGCAUAUUUCAAUUAAUUGUCGUUAAUAAAUUACUAUAUUUAUUUUGUGGGUUAUUGCAUUGCUAGAUUAUCUUGAAGCAGUUUUUUACUAUUAACCUUUAUUUCAUUAUUUGUGUUAUUCAUAUUUUAUUUUUAUUUUUAUUUAAGGUGGUAUGUUGGAGAGAUGUCAAGACAAAGAGCCGAGUCACUUCUCAAACAAGAAGAUAAAGAAGGAUGUUUUGUUGUUAGAAAUUCUUCAACCAAAGGUCUUUAUACUCUCUCUCUUUUCACAAAAGUGUAAGUUUUUUAAGUUAUUUUCACUAUAAGAUUUGAUCAAGUUGAUAUAGUUUGGUAUUAUUAAUUAUUAUUACUGGUUUAAACUUUGAUUACUGGCAGUCUCUUUAGGCAGUCUCUUUAGGCAUUCUCUCAUUACAUCAAUUUUUUACUGAUUUAAUGUAUUUAUUUUAGACCACAUUCUCAUGUCAAGCAUUACCACAUUAAACAAAGUAGUCGAGGCGAUUUUUUCCUGAGUGAAAAACAUUGUUGUUCAACCAUUCCAGAACUAAUUAAUUAUCAUCGUCAUAAUAGUGGUGGAUUAGCAUCGCGAUUAAAAGCAUCUCCUUGUGAUCGCCCUGUUCCAGCCACAGCUGGUCUAAGUCACGGUGAAUACUAUAUUUAUUAAAUUGUUGAUUAGUUUUUCUUUUACCUAUUUUUAAAAUAAUAUUUAUUUGUAGAUAAAUGGGAAAUAGAUCCUGCUGAAUUAAUGUUAUUGGAAGAACUAGGAUCUGGUCAAUUUGGUGUUGUACGUCAUGGUAAAUGGAAAGGAUCCAUUGACACGGCUGUAAAAAUGAUGAAAGAAGGCACAAUGUCAGAAGAUGAUUUUAUUGAAGAAGCUAAAGUCAUGACGUAAGUACAGUAAAAAAACAAAAACUACAAUAUUAAAAUCAACUAUUAAAGUGAUAAAAUUGUUUGUUAAUAUAUCAAUUUAUGUUGUUUAGAAAACUUCAACAUCAAAAUCUAGUCCAACUUUAUGGAGUUUGUAGCAAACAUCGACCUAUUUAUAUAGUUACUGAAUACAUGAGACAUGGAUCACUGCUAAACUAUUUAAGACGACAUGAAAAUAGUUUAGGUGGAAAUAAUGGCCUAUUGCUUGACAUGUGUAUCCAAGUAAGUGUUUUUUAAUAACACUGAAAAAACCAGUUGCUUAAAUGAUAAUUUGUUUAAUCACAAGGUUUGCAAAGGAAUGGCUUAUUUAGAACGCCAUAAUUACAUUCAUCGUGAUCUUGCUGCUAGGAACUGCUUAGUAGGUUCAGAAAAUGUUGUGAAAGUAGCAGAUUUUGGACUAGCCAGGUAUACAUAAAAAAAAUUGUUUCUUCAGAUAAAUACUUUUUAGAUUUCAUAAAAAUUAGAUGUAGAAAUAUUUAUAGGGGUUCAAUAAUACAAAAAUCCUAUACAUUUUAUACAUAAAAUAUACUUGUAUACUUUUAAAAUUAUUUAUUUGAACAAAAUGUAGAAUACAAAUAUUUGUUAUUAUUUAAGGUAUGUUCUUGAUGAUCAGUAUACUAGUUCUGGUGGUACCAAGUUCCCCAUUAAAUGGGCUCCUCCUGAAGUCUUAAACUACACUAGAUUUUCUUCCAAAUCUGAUGUUUGGGCAUAUGGUAUGAAUACAAAUAUUUAAACAAGUAUUAUUUCUUAUUCUUAUUUAAUUAUUGUAUUUUAGGUGUUUUAAUGUGGGAAAUAUUCACAUGUGGUAAAAUGCCAUAUGGACGACUUAAAAAUACAGAAGUGGUUGAUCGAGUUCAAAGAGGCAUAAUUUUAGAAAAACCUAAAAUGUGUUUCAAAGAAGUUUACGAGGUAAAUAUUAUCUUUCAGGUUUAAUCUAAAAUAAUGUUUAUUUAGGAUUUACAACAUUUAGAAUUAUUUAUAUAUGAUUUUAAAGUGCUAAUAUAUUGUUUAUAGGUAAUGCGUAAAUGUUGGAGUCACAGUCCAGAGGAUCGUCCUUCAUUUAGAUUACUAAAAGAUCAAUUAGCUGUCACUUCUCAAGUAUGAACUAAUAGCUUAUAUUAACAAAAUAAAUACUUUUUUUUAUUAUAGUUUUUUAAUAUUCAUUUUCAUUUUGCAGGGUUUAUUAGCAGAUUGAAGUAUUCCAUGACUAAAUUUGCAUUAGUGAUUUUUAUUUGUUGCUGAAUUUCUGCUAUGAACCCAUCUCAAAGAACUGAGUCAGUUAGUGCUUGAAACGAAAAAACAUCAUGGUACAUUUUUAAAACAGUUUUGUUUUAUGUAUAGUUGUCAGAAAUUUUUUUUUGUGAGUUUAUAUACAUAAUUCUGAUCUCGAACUCCGCAAUAAGUUAUGUAUAACAAUAUGCUGUUUACAUUUCAUAAUUUUAUACUUAUUUUAACAUAAAUUGAGGCCUUUUUUAAAUAUAAAUUUCUUUUAAGAUAACCUUGGAAAUUUAGAAUUUAUAGGGUAUUAAUUUUUCAAUUUUUGACAGGGUUAUUAAUCCAGAAUUUAUUUUACU